UUUUGCAGGCAGAAAUGGGUUGCUCGGCGGCCACAUUUAUCCUAGUGGCACUUUUCGGGUCGAGUUCAUGGAUGGGAACGAAUAGUGUGUGGAUGCAGCUGCCGCUGCUCACUUCAGAGCUCCCGGAGCAAUGGAAUUUGCCGAGUUAUUUGGCGGGAGUUGUUCAGAUCGCUUGUAUAGUACCAUUGAUCUACACAAUUCUGCACAAAGGCGUCAAAUCAUUCACAAUUCCUACUGCUCCUCUUAUAAUUGCUCUAUUAUCACUAGCAUGCUGUUGUCAACUGGGACUCUCAUUUUUCUGGAGCGACUAUUCGGAAAUAUUCGGUGCACCACGUUCAUGGCCUCUCUACUCACUACUUUUCGGAUUAGCCAUCGUUAAUGCAAUGUCAAAUGUGCUUUUCAUGCCGUUCAUGGCACAAUUUCAUCCGGCCUACCUGAAUGCCUAUUUCGUUGGAAUGGGCUUAAGCUCACUUGCUCCGAGCCUACUCUCGUUGGCUCAGGGAACAUCGAUGUUCAAAUGUGACGAGAAAGGCGUCGCAGAGAGAUUUCCGCCGAAUUUCUCGGUUUCUAUAUUCUUUUUCGUGAUUUUCUCAUUCACCUGUGUCGCGCUGUUCGCAUUUAUUGCGCUCUACCGUUCUGGCGCGCAUACUCAUUUCGCGACGCCGAAUAAAAAGGAGCCGAAUGAGGGAACUCCGCUGAAAAAGGAUCUGAAUAACACGAGUUCUUCAAGAAAAGGUGAUGAUGAAGAUGAAUCUCCAAUUGAGAUUCAUGAGACUGGAGCACCAGCAAUUGAUGCAAUUGUUUCAGAAUUGGAUGUAACGUUCAGAGAGGAGCUACAAAAAAGUUUCCGUGAUGCAAACUACCUUGAGCGCUCCGCAAUGAUCAACGACGACUCAGAACCACAUCCAGUCGAUUAUAUAACUGGAGUCAAAUUUACGUUUCUUCUCUUCACAACAGCAUUGGUUAAUGCACAAAUGAAUGGAAUUAUUACAAGUGUGCAGAGUUAUGCGGCGUUACCUUAUUCACAGGCCACCUAUCACUUCGCUGUCACAUUAUCCAACGUUGUGAGCCCUCUCUCUUCAUUCCUUCCGUUCUUCAUCAGUGUUCGGAGUAUUCCAGUUCUGGCGAUUCUCACCGCAUGCUCCACUGCAAUGACUGCCUUCAUUGUGUACCUGGCCGCAUUGUCUCCGAAUCUUAUUUUUAAUUCGGUCACUAUUGGAAGUGCUCUAUCAAUCGGAGGAUCACUAAUCGCUGCAGGUCUUCACUCGUAUCUUCGUGUUGUGUUUGCAUCCCUACUCCGAGAGGGACAUCAGAGUGAAUCUAGGCUGUUUUGGUGUGGAGUUUUUAUUCAGAUUGGUUCCUUCAUCGGCUCGGCAGUCAUGUUUCCGCUGGUCAAUAUUGCUCAUUUGUUCACAUCGGCUCCGCAAUGCAAAUCAAUCUCUUAGCUCAUUUCUGUUACUCUUUUCGUUUUUUUUUCGUUUUUUCGCAUGUUGUAAUACUAAUAUUUAUUAAUUUUCUUUAAUUUUCUUUGUUAAGUUUGUAUUUAAUAGGUUGUUGAGAUUUUUUUGCCUGUAAUUUUGCAACUGUGAUUCAUGUAUGUACUAUAUUGAACCGAAACCCCCUCCCGUCAUACACAACAGUGUAGUAAAACAUUUUAAUCCCAUA